AUGGGGACUUUGAAGCAACUUCAUGAUCUUGUGAAGUCUAUGGAGGAAGUUUUGACCUAUGGUGAUGUCAAUCACACUGAAUACGGUCAUUUGACAACGGCAACAAGUUAUACCUAUAAGGGGAAAUCAAGUUGCUUCUUUGGAAAUGCAGAAAAUGAUGACAGAAAUAUCACCUAUGGGAACAAAACCUACAAAGUUCGUGGUUGGUCUGUCAGCAUUCUUCCUGACUGCGAAACUGAAGUUUACAACACAGCCGAGGUAAAUACUCAAACAACAAUAAGGGAGAAGGUUUCAAGCUGCGUGGGAAACUUCAAAGAGCCAAUGCAAUGGCAAUGGAGAGACGAGAAAAUAGAAUUCAUAUCACGUGAAGGUGAAGUUAGUGAUUGUGUGAUGACCGCCAAUCACCUUCUUGACAAAAAGGUUCUCACAAAUGAUUCCAGUGAUUACUUGUGCUUCCAUCUUACUGGAUCUGAUCCACUUUUUGGCAAGGAUGUAAAACUACGUGUUAAGACCAGUGGCCACAUACUUCAUGCAUUCUUGAACGGGAGAUAUAUUGGCUCACAACAUGCUCAAAAGGACAAAUAUAGUUUCGUAUUUGAGAAGAAAAUCGAUGAUCUACUGUAUGGAUUCAACCAAAUUUCUCUACUAAGUGCCACAGUUGGAUUGCCGAAUUAUGGGGCACACUUUGAGAAUACUGAUGUAGGAGUUCAUGGCCCGGUUGAAUUGAUUGCUGAUGGAGAAACAAUAAGAGAUUUGUCCAGCAAUGAGUGGUAUUACAAGGUUGGUUUGGAUGGUGAAAAGUCUGAGUUUUUCAAUCCCAAUUGUGAAUUAAGGGAACCCUGGAACUAUGGCAAUCUUCCAUUGAAUCAAAGUUUCGUUUGGUAUAAGACCAAUUUCCAAACUCCCUUCGGAAGUGAAGCAGUGAUAGUGGAUUUGAUGGGCAUGGGGAAGGGCCAUGCUUGGGUUAAUGGACUAAGCAUCGGAAGGUAUUGGCCAAGUUAUCUUUCGAGUGAGAAUGGCUGCUCUUCAAACUGUGACUUUCGUGGGGCUUACUCUGAUGGCAAGUGUGCCACUAACUGUGGAAAGCCUACUCAAAGAUGGUACCAUAUCCCAAGAUCUUACCUGAAUUAUGGGGAAGAGAACACACUGAUUUUAUUCGAAGAGUUUGGUGGGUCGCCAUUGGAUAUAGAUAUCCAAACAACGAGGGUGAAAAAGGUAUGUGCAAUGCCUUAUGCAGGAAGCACGUUGGAGCUAUCGUGCCAUGAUCGAACCAUCUAUGAUAUCAAUUUUGUGAGCUUUGGGAACCCCGAUGGCACUUGUGACAAUUUCCAAAAGGGUUCUUGCGAGUCCUCCACUGCCUUAUCAGUCAUCGAGAAGGCAUGUCUUGGACAAAGGGAAUGCUCGAUUGAAGUUUCAGAAAACAAUCUUGGAUCAACUGGUUGCAAGCAAAGUAAUCGGCUUGCCGUUCAAGUUGCUUGGGAAAGGAUAAUGAGAAGCGUUGAUGGGCACCGCGCGGUGUUGCAUGGCGGAGGGUGCAAAGAUGCGGAGUGCGACAGUGGCUGCAAAGCUGAGUUCAAUGAGAAGGCUAUUGGACUUUGCUUUUUCAUAAGAGCACCAAGCGAUACCUGUGCCUGUAUCUUUCCUUGUACACCUUGA